UGAUAGAUGGCCUCGGUUCUAUUAAUCUCAUAUCUCGAGGAGCAGGGGCAUCCUCAAGGCUGUAAUCUUCUCAACUUCCUGCCGACACGUUCAAUAUGAAGAUCAUAUCAUCUAUAACCCAUCCUCUGGGCAACCUAUUCAUUCUGGGCCUAUCAGCAUUCGUUCUCGCCUCAGCCUUUAGCUUCGAUUCGGCACUGCGCGAGGUAUACCAUAACAUAGAGCGUCGCAGCCUACCGGGCUCUCUUGCGCUUGCUCCAACAGAUGCAGUCGGAAAAUAUCAGCCUCCGCCAGGACCAGUGGUGUACGGGCCUUCGCCUGCGACAGCUUCAUCACCUUCAAUACCUGAAAAUACGGACGAAGAUGAAAGCACACAUGGGUCACAUCGAGCAAUGGCGGCUACAGAUGGCUCUGAAGACUCCGAAUCACACCUGCGUAUUCCCUCUGCGUCGGAAAUGGAUGCAGUGAUAUUCAGGGCUCAGACUGGAUUAGGGAAGAAAAAUGUGGCGGAAUCACUGGCAAGCAUUAUAGUGUCCAUGCUUGUGGUGCUGCUCUAUCUGUGAUCGGCUUCUCGAGGCCGAGUUACCAACUCGGUUGUUGAGGGAAACAGUUGGGGUCUUGGGGAAGGAGAAUUGUCAACUGCGACUCUGGCGUGUUUUUUAUUGCACAUAGAUACCCAUUGCGAGGCUAAACAAUUUAUCUUUCGUGCUCAUGCCGGUUGUAUCUUACGCUUGACACUUCAAGUAGAU